AACAGCCACGAUACCUGUUGUUUUUUCAUUAACCAGACUACGAGUUACAUGUGUUUGAAAUUUUUGAGGAUAUUUGCGUAAAACAUCUUUUAUACCUUGAGCUUGAGCACAUGUUUUCUUCAUACCAACUGUUUGUUUAAGUUAAUAUAAUCAAGUAGAUGAACAAUGUAUUCAACAUGUAGUGGAGGUAUUACUUCACAAGAAAAAUCUGCAAUUUCGUCAAUACAUUUUUCAGUCAGCUAGAUACAUCGGUACCAGACUCUGAUACGUGCUGUUAUUCAAAUAAUUUUUUUUUCUCUGGUCGAGCCACGUAGUUUUUUUUUGUGAUAAAUUUUCUUCCGAUCAAUCGAAAAAUAAAUCGGCAAAUAAAAUGUCGGACGCUAUAACUGGUGGUCCUUCUUCUUCUAUGAGUCCUGAUGAAGAGGUAGCAAUGAAACGGAUCGCCUCGAUUGAAAAUCAAAAAUUGAUCAAUAAAAUCAAAGUUUUGGGAAUGCAAAUGGAAGGGAUGGAUAAUAAAGAAAAAGCGAAAUAUUCCGGUCAAUUUGGCGGAUUAUCGAAAUCGUUAGGGAAAUUACGUCGUAUUUUACGUCAGAAAAUGCCAAAUACGUCAUGGCAAUGGACUAUUUAUGUGUCUCUGGCGCUGUUAAUUGUAAUUUAUGCAUUCUUCGGCUACAAGCUCUAUAAAUCGUUGACGGAAAAAGAGCGCAAGCGAGAGGAAAAACUAAAGGCCAAGCAGAGCAAGAAAAAGAAGUGAGCUCUUAUAACAUGGACGCAGCCUCAUUCCAUUCCAUUCCAGAGAUGCGGCAUUUUUUUUUAAAUCAAUGUGAAAUUAAUGUUUUUAUAUUUUCUAAAUGUUGAGUAAGUUAGC